UCAUACAAACAAUCUAUGGCGUCUACACAAUCCUAUCAAAAAAUUACUUUGAAUUCUGACGAUGUACCGGGAGCUAAAAUUGAUUUCGAUGAUCUUGACAAUUAUGUGAAUGUUCAGCUCAGACGCUGGCUUGAAUGCAGAGGGUUAAAAACCGGUGGAAACAAAUCUGACCUCGUUCAAAGAUGUAAGGACGCAGUUAAAGCUGGCAAGUUAGAAGAAAUUGACAUUACUAUUGAUGGUGGGAAAUGGUGUGAUUUGAAGGCAGCUAAGACAAAGAAGGACCCAAGUCCCUCUUUACAGGUACUGAUACCCCCAGUCCUUGGAUGGAAACCAUUUCCUUCUAGGCAAAUACCAGCAAACUUUAAUUACGGUCACAUAUAUCAUUAUCUUCUGGAAAGUGUUGUGAUGGAAGGUGAAAAUGGUAAAACUGAAGACACUGACCUAAGCCAUUUGACAUCAAAGCCACUUACCAAAGGCCAUCAGUAUGUUAAGAGUGGUAGUGUGAGUGAAAUAAUGGACAAUGAGCGUAACCAUCAUUACUUUAUUAAGGCAAAAGUUGCAGCAUCUAUGCGUAACGAGGAAAGGAUAGUGCAAGUUACACUAUCCUGUUUAAGUGGAGCUAUUAGAGAUGCUAGCUGUACAUGUCCUGGGUCAGCUCUCGGACGUUGUAAUCAUGUGGCAGCAGUUUUACUGACAUUAGAUAAACACUGUAAGGAGUUUGGACAUGACCUUAUAGCAUGUACUAGUAAACAAUGUGAGUGGGGAAAGGGACAAAAAAACAAAAAAAAUCCAGGAAAAAUUACAGAUGCUUCAUACACAUCUUACAAACCUAAACUUCUGAAGCUUACGGAGUUUGACCCUAGGCCUACCGAUUUAAGAAAAGCUAGCGAUGUAAACAUGAACAGUUUUUCAAAAAAUUUGAAGUACGAUUGUAUUAGUUCAGGAAAAACUUCAAUGUGGCACACACUAAUCAAGUACACAUAUGAUGAUUAUGAAAUUUCUCCUGAACGUAGAGGAAUUAUAAAGUCUCAAGCUUGGGAUUUUUUUACUAACAUAAAGCAGGAAUGUAGCUUAUUUGAAAGAGAUGUUUUUAUGAUACCCAAGACAGAAUCACAAUCAGAAUCAAUCGAGUGGAAAGCAUCCCGUUGGUUCAGGAUAACUGCAUCCACAGCUAAAAAGGCAAAUACAUUAGGAUACUUGCUAAAAUCACCUCCAACAGAUGCAAGUCAGAGAAAAUUUCAGGCAUACAUCAGCAGUACCGUUUGGAAUCUUUCAUCUUUUAAAUACACAUCACCAGACAUGCUGUAUGGAAUUGAAAAUGAAGAUAAAGCCAGAGAGGACUAUUAUCAACUUAUGGCAAAUAAGGUUCCAGACUUUAAGGUUGAAAAGACUGGAUUCUGGGUUUGUAAAAUGUGGCCUGAAUUAGGAUGCAGCCCAGAUGGUCUUGUAACAGAUCCCUCAGAAACCCCAAAACAUGGAUUGCUGGAGAUUAAAUGUUUGAAAAUAUUCCGCAAAAUAGCUCCAUCUGACCUUUUUAAGAGCCUUGAGAAGAAUCAAACUUCCAAAAAAGACCUUUACAGUGCAUGUUUUGGAAUACCCACAGCUGACAAUACUUCUCUCGAGCUGAAGACAACAAACAUGUACUACUAUCAAAUCCAAUUUCAGUUAGCGAUAAUGGGCCUAAAUUGGUGUGAUUUUGUCAUGUGGUCGCCAAUAGGAAAACCUAAUGUUGAGAGGAUAAGACGUGAUGAACAGCUUAUUGGAGACAUGAUAGGAAAUGUUACAUCAUUAUGGCACCAAGUUAUUGCACCAGAAAUAUUUGAAAUGCGUGUGCCCAGAAAAUUGAAACCAGUUAUUUUAGAUUUAUGA